AUGGAUUUCUGCCGGGCUGAGGAAAUGGUGAUGGGUCAGGAGGCAGUGAUUCAGGUGAUGAGGGAGAUGAGGCCAUUGGUACCUGAUGACUCUGAAGUGCUGAGUCUCAGUGCUGCCAGAGGCAACCCCAGUGAUCGAUUUCAAGAGGUCACACUCAGAUCUGUCUCCUGUGAUUUUGAAUGGCCUUGUUCCUGGAUUCUGUCAAAUCACAGCGGCAGAGGGGACUGGCAUGUUAUGUUGCCACAGCAACUUGGGCUGAGCAUGCGAGCCGUGCAGCCAAUUACUGAUCACUCUGUUGGAGGCCCUGACGGUCACUUCCUGAUCUUAACAGCUGUGGAAGCAGAGACAGCAGGAAAUUGUGAGUUCUCCAUCACCAGCCCAGUACUCUCCCGCAGUGGGGCAUUGUGCUGCCUGCAGCUGGCUGUGUUCCAACCGGAGCACAGUCGAGGGAACCUGUCGGUCCAACUCAAACUGCUGAACUCUGCCUCGGUUGUCAGUUUACCAGCUCUCAUUGACUUGGGGCAGAAUGGUACCAGGGAACAGUGGGAGGUGCUUGAGGUCCAAAUCGGCCAACUGGAUGAACCCUUUCAGGUGACGCUGUUAUACUCAACCUGUGGGGAGAAGGAUAGGACCACACUGGCCAUAGACUCACUGGAGCUGAAAAACUGUGAUGUGGGUAAGUCUCAGAACCUGGAGUGUGUGCAGGGUGAGUCUUUCCAGUGCGACCUGGGCGGAUGUAUCGACCAGAGCAGGGUGUGCAACUUUCACCGAGACUGCCCCCUGGGGGAGGAUGAGGGAAUGGUUUGUGAUGCUCUGCCUAUGGGGGCCCACUGCUCGUUCAAUUCUGGUCUCUGUGGAUGGACAGUGUCUGGGACCUCCUCCACCUGGACACUGACCAGUGGUGCAGAGAUGGCCACCAGUGAGGACCUGCUUGGGAUCACGCUCCAGAACACUGAAGGUAACUUCCUGUUCUUGAAGCUGAGGGACAACAAAACAGGUGGUGAGGCCCUGGCUCAGAGCCCUGCUCUUCCACCAGCUGCUGCAAGCAGAGACUGUCAGAUACAGUUCUCCUUCUACCUUUUUGGGAAGUUCAAUGGCACGGUGCUGCUGUCAGUGGAGGAGAACGCCACUGCAGCGGUUCCUCUGGUGUGGGAGAGGUCUGGACAAAGGAAAGACAGCUGGCAGAACAUUAAUCUGGAGCUAUCAGAUGUCUUGAAUAGCUUCAGCAUCAGCCUGAGGGUCCAAUGGGGAUGGGGCUCUAGUGCAGACAUUGCCAUGGAUCAAAUCUCCCUGGGGGCAUCCUGUUUUGACACAGACCAGAACCCAGUGUUUCUUAAGCACAGGUUCUUCCAUGACAUGGACAUCAUGGACGACUUGGAUUUUUUCAGCCCACUUCCAGAGCCCUCUGUUUCAGAAGUGUCCUCCAUGACUUGGUGGUUCACCUCUUGUGGUGCCAGCGGACCCCGGGGGCCCACGCAGGCCCAGUGUGACAGUGCCUACCGCAACACCAACGUCAGCGUGACUGUGGGCAAGGAGGGACCACUCAAGGGCGUGCAGAUGUGGAGGGUGCCUGCCACUAACCGCUACAUGAUCUCAGCCUAUGGGGCCGCAGGAGGAAAAGGGGCCAAGAACCAUAACAAGCGCUCGCAUGGGGUCUUCAUCUCUGCCAUCUUCCCGCUGGAGAAGGGAGACAUCCUAUACAUACUGGUCGGACACCAGGGCGAGGACGCUUGUCCAGGGAGGAAUGCCCUGACACAGAAUAUCUGCCUGGGAGAAUCUUCAGUGAUUGAGGAUGGGCUUGAGCUGAUGGAGUCGGCCGGGGGUGGAGGCGGUGGUGGGGGAGCCACCUACAUCUACCGGGUACGAACCUCAGUCCCCCCUCCACCUCUUCCUCUUCUCAGGUGCUAUUAUCUAUCCUCACUAACAUCCCUCUUGCAGAUGGAGGAUGGGGUGGCAGUGCCUCUUCUGAUCGCAGCAGGCGGUGGGGGGAAGGCAUACUUGGAAGACCCAGAGAGUAGCUUGGACCCCAUCCCCCUGGAGCAGUAUGAGAAUGACACCGUUGCGGUAGGCACCAAUGGCAGGACCGCAGCUGCAGGGGGAGGUGGGGGUUGGAGUGAUAGAUCUAGCACCCCUUGGGCAGGGAAGUCCCUCCUGGAGGGGGCAGAGGGGGGGUCUUCCUGUCCUCAGGCCCUGUCCAGACUGGGCUGGGCCACCUAUGGUGGGUUUGGAGGAGGGGGUGGAGCCUGUACUGCUGGAGGAGGUGGAGGGGGAUAUAGAGGUGGUGAUGCUGCUUCCACUGAUGACAUUACAGCAGACGGACAGGAUGGGAUUUCCUUUGUGCACCCUAUUGGUGAGAUCUUCCUGCAACCUCUGGCAGCCAUGGAGAGUCAUGGGGAGGCGGAGAUCAAAGUCCAGCUCAACUGCAGUCACUGCCAGUCUCAGAGCUGCAAGCGUGAUGAAGACACAAAGGUCAUCGUCUGCCUCUGCCACAAUGGGGAGAUGCUAGCGAGGGACAAUGUUACCUGCACAGCUCCACGAGGCACUACAGCUGAGGGGCACCUGUCCCUGCCGCUCAUCCUGGCUGUAGUGGCAUCAACGGUGGUGAUGGGCAUCGUCCUGACGUGCGCCAGCCUCAUGUUCAUCUACUACCGCAAGAAGAACCAGCUGCAUGCAGCCAGGGUUCGACUGCAGAGCCCCGAGUACAAGCUGAGCAAGAUCCGCUCCUCAACCAUUAUGACUGACUACAACCCCAAUUACUGCUUCGCCAGCAAGGUGGCCUCCCUGAGUGAGCUGAAGGAGGUGCCUCGCAGGAAUAUCACACUGCUUAGGGCCCUUGGUCAUGGUGCUUUUGGGGAGGUGUAUGAAGGCCAAGUCUUGGGAAUUGGUGGAGACAAUUCAGCCCUGCAGGUUGCCAUCAAGACUCUGCCUGAAAUCUGCUCAGAGCAGGAUGAAAUGGACUUCUUAAUGGAGGCCCUGAUUAUGAGUAAAUUCAGCCACCAGAACAUUGUGCGCUGCAUUGGGGUCAGUCUGCAGAUCCUCCCCCGAUUUAUCCUGCUGGAACUCAUGACUGGAGGGGACCUGAAAAGUUUCCUGAGGCAGAACCGACCCAAAGCUGGCCAAACCUCAUCCCUCUCCAUGCUGGACCUUCUGAACAUGGCACGGGACAUUGCAUUUGGAUGCCGCUACCUGGAGGAGAACCACUUCAUCCAUAGAGACAUUGCAGCCCGCAACUGCCUGCUGACCUGCCCUGGGCCAGGGAGAGUGGCUAAGAUUGGAGACUUUGGGAUGGCUCGUGAUAUAUACAGGGCCAGUUAUUACAGAAAAGGAGGUCGUGCCAUGUUGCCUGUCAAGUGGAUGCCGCCUGAGGCCUUCUUGGAGGGUAUUUUCACAUGCAAGACUGAUAUCUGGUCAUUUGGGAUACUUUUGUGGGAGAUCUUUUCAUUGGGCUACAUGCCCUACCCCUGCAAGACCAACCAGGAGGUUCUGGAAUUUGUGACCAGUGGGGGCAGGAUGGACCCUCCCAAGAACUGCCCAGGGCCUGUGUAUCGUAUCAUGACCCAGUGCUGGCAGCACUGCCCAGAGCAUCGGCCCAACUUUUUUACCAUUCUAGAAAGGAUCAACUACUGCACUCAGGACCCUGAUGUCAUUCACACACAGCUGCCUGUGGAGUAUGGACCCCCAGUAGAAGAGGAGGGCCUCACAGUAACCCGCCCUGAGGAAUCUGGGAGCAUGACCCCACUGCUAGUGUCCCCUUCUCUGCCCCAGGAACAGGAACCCCCACCUCAGCCUUCCAACAGUGCCUCACUCCCUCAUGUGCACCGGCCCCUCCUUCUGCUGCAACGCUGCCAGGAAGUGGCUGACCAUAGAGAGGUGCCGGAAGCUGCCUGGACAGAGCCCGUCCCUCACCCAAGGGUGUGCCCUGGAUCCUGGCUCCACCCAGACCACCAGCCCUGCCCUGCAGCCAGCUCUUCCUCCAGUAGCCAGAAACUGAAAAACAAGACCAAGAAUCUGUGGAACCCCACCUAUGGCUCGUGGGUGAUUGAGAGUUUUGGCCGGGCCAAGAAGCCGGUGUCCCACACGCAGUCCAUGCCCCUGUCUGGCACUUCGUCCCCUGUGACAGCCUCGCCCAUCCUGGAAAGGGAUGACUCCGGAUUUGAUGGCAAUGCCAGCUCCCCUCCCCCCCGCUGUCAUGCAUCCCCGUCUGCUCCAGCCUCCGCUGCACUCUCCAGCCUCCAGUGCCCUCCCAGCCUGUCCUCCCGCAGGGGGCUGGCAGAGGUGGCGGGCAGCCCCACAGCUGUAACAGACCUGGCCAAGCUGCAGAGCUUCCCCUGUGGCAAUGUCAACUAUGCCUACGACGAGCAGAGCUAUGAGACUGAGACACUGCCCCUGGUUGUGGCCAAGGUCCACGAGCCCAGUGCAAGUGCUGCUCCCCCAUCCUCGGGCUGCAGCCCCUCCGCUUCAGGGGCAGGCCUGGGUGUCAAAGCCUUUAGCUUCUCCAAACCCCUGGUGAGGCGGAUUGCCAGUUACGGACACGAGGACGUCAAGCGGCACUGCAAGGCUGAGAGACCCAGCCGUGACAGGGACUCUGGCUUCUCUCUUUCCGAAGACCUGAGCGUCACACCCAUCUAGUGCUACGGAAACGCACUCAGGAACACUGGGAUAGUGCUACACUGGAGACUACUCUGCACCUCAUCCUGCUCUGCUUACAACAGCAGACAGGAGCACAUUUUAGCACCUGAUUUUGACUCAAUUAUCUGUGCUCUAUACUUGGUUAGUUAUGAUACACUUGUUUACCUUUUACAGCCGGUAGCUGUAGAGAGCCAAGAAUGAACCUUAAAACCUAGAGGAGGAAAAUCCACCAAAAAACACACCCUGCAGAAAAAGCAGAGGGAGAGUUGAGUUCAGCUGGGUAGUGCCUAUUUCAGUGGCAGCCUGUAUUGUGCUGGGUAUCUGCUCAUCUCAAUGCAAGAAGAGUGGACGGACAUGUCUCCCAGCAGUGAGUGACAGUGGUGACAACUCCACCACACAAACAUGCUAAUAUCAGCCCAGGCUCUUCAGUGCUGCUUGGCUCUCUGGGCUCUUCUGUGUUCUUUAUGCUGCAAAAACAAAGGUGAAGUUGGAAGGCUGAGAUGUUUGCGUUUUGUGUGGCAUACAUACAGCAUAAGCACGUUACUGUUGGUUAGGUUCAUUUC